GCAGCUAGUUAGCCACGACUAACACUGUUAGCUGCUGUCUCGCCUGUUUUGGGACAACCAGCUGUUUAGUUGCCAAGCGGAGCUGAGCUGCAGUAUUUUACUUUCGGUAUUUAUUGGCCUCAGGGAUGCUAGUUAGCAUUAGCAGGCGCGAAGAACAGUGCAGUGUCACUUAAUAAGGAUGCUUGUUGCAUUGAAGAGGAGAUGUAACUAUUUAACAGCACAAAAGCGACAGAAGUCAGACGGGCCUGCGGGGCAGCUAGCGGCUACGACUUAGUUUGUUUACAUUGUAAUGCAAAGAAAAUAACGUUAUCCUGCGUUAUAGUUAGAAAGCCAGCGAUCUAACAGGCUCUUCCUCGGGUCGACGGAGGACAAAGGGGACAGAAUGGCAGAGGCUGACGGCAAAUUGACUGCGCUUAACGGUGGAUCUGAUGAAAAGGAGCCAGGAGAAGAUCAGGACAAGGAGGUAGAUGCCUCUGGCAGCAAAGAAGCAGAAACACGGUCUUCUCAAGAUGCUCCCAAAGAAUCAGGGGAGGCAUCUGGAGACAAGCCUAUGCCAGACACAGAAGGGGAGAUGUGCACAAACAGAGGGGCAGGGGAGGAAGAGGAGGAGGAGGAGGAGGAAGAAGAGGAAGACACAGACAGCAUGGAUGGCAGUGGUCUCUACUCCCUAACUGAAGAUGGUGAAAGAGAAAGUGAGGGAGGCAGGAGAGAGAAGGUAAAGGACACAGAUGGCAGCAAAAGGGCAGCGAGAAAGAGAAAUAGACCCGGCGGUGGCACAAACCACUCCUCCAGCUCAGACGAGGAUGACGAUGAGGAUGAAGACGAUGAACAGAAAGAGGAUGAAGAUGAUGAUGAUGAUGAUGAUGAGGCUAUGGAAGCAUGGCUGGGGGCGGAGCUCUGUGAUCUCCGUGGGCCUGUAUGGCGGGCGGUACCUUCACUGCGCUCCAGGGAGAUCGGCAGGGACUCGCACCAGUUUGUGAAGCAGGUGUGUGGAGCCCGGGGCCUCGUGCAGAGGCUGGAGCUCCAGGGCCGCCUGGAGAAGCACACUGGCUGCGUCAACACGUUGCACUUCAACCCCUCAGGCACACGUCUGGCUUCAGGCAGUGACGACCUGAGAGUUGUGAUCUGGGACUGGGCUGUCCGACGUGCUGAGCUGGAGUUUGACAGCGGCCACAAGAGCAAUGUCUUUCAGGCAAAGUUCCUGCCCCACAGUGGAGACUCCACCUUGGCCAUGUGUGCUCGAGAUGGUCAGAUCAGAGUGGCCGAGCUUUCUGCCACGCAGCGCUGCAAGAACACCAAGCGGGUAGCACAACAUAAAGGGGCAGCACACAAGCUGGCCCUCGAGCCAGAUUCUCCCUGCUCCUUCCUGUCUGCUGGAGAAGACGCCGUGGUGUUUGGAAUUGACUUGCGUCUGGACCGCCCCGCAAAUAAACUGGUGGUUGUGAAGGAGGGCGAUAAAAAGGUUGGACUGUACACCAUCUAUGUCAACCCAGCAAAGACACACCACUUUGCUGUGGGUGGGAGAGAUCAGUAUGUGAGGAUCUACGACCAGAGGAAGAUCAAUGAGAAUGACAACAAUGGUGUUUUAAAAAAGUUUUGCCCGUCACAUCUGGUGUCCAGCGAGUCCAAAACCAACAUAACCUGCCUGGUGUAUAGUCAUGAUGGCACAGAGCUCCUGGCAAGUUAUAACGACGAGGACAUCUACCUUUUUGACUCCAACCACAGCGAUGGAGCCGACUAUCGCAAGAGAUAUAAGGGACACCGCAACAAUGCCACAGUGAAGGGAGUGAACUUCUAUGGACCAUGCAGUGAAUUUGUGGUCAGUGGCAGUGACUGCGGACACAUCUACCUGUGGGACAAGAAUUCUGCACGUAUCGUUCAGUUUAUGGAGGGAGACAGAGGAGGAGUGGUGAACUGUCUGGAGCCUCAUCCUCAUCUUCCUGGUAUGGCCACCAGUGGACUGGACCAUGACAUCAAGCUGUGGGCCCCCACUGCUGAAAGUCCCACAGGACUCAAGGGGCUUAAAGAGGUGAUGAAAAAAAACAAGCGAGAGCGCGAUGAGGACAGCGUGCGCCACGGCGACCAGUACGACACUCAGCUGUUGUGGUUCCUAAUGAGACACAUGAGGAACAGGCGGCCCAUGAGGGCUCGUCGUGAGGGUGCAGACCCGGACUCGGAUGAGUCCUGGAGCUCUCCAGAUUCUUCUGACGAAGAGGAAGGAGGUCCAGACCACGUCCAGUGCAUGUCCUCCUGAGCCAGACACACACAUACACACACACACACACACACAAGCACUAGGGCUGUUGCUUUUUUACAUGAAUAUCAGAAAUCUGGUCAAACUUGGGAGGGACAGUUCAAACCUGACGCUCUGACUGUCUGGAGUCAUUUCUGUGUCAUCCAGCAGAAGGCGCUGUGAGCACUUUGAACGCCAUCUUGCCCAUAAGUAAGACGGUGAUGUUGUGUUGUUCUGCCGUGAAAAUGGAGGACACACCACUGAGCUAAACCGGAGUAACAUGCAAAUCCAUGGACUCAGCUGUUAGCUUUGCAGCUAGCGCUAACAGAAUCAGCAGAGGAGGAGGAGCCAUCCCAGACAAGUUCAGCCUCACAGGGGUGGGUUCUCUGUGUUGUGUAAUAUAAUUCUUGUUAAAUCAUGAUUUUUGUGAAAAGUGACAGCCCUAAUGUGCGCGCACACACACACACACACACACUUUAUUGCCCUUGAAUUGAUGCACAUAGGCAAGCACUAUUGACACACUGGCACACUCAAACACUGAUGAGCCACAGACUUUGGGUGUUUUUUGUUGUUGUUUUUUUUUCUUUCUUACAAAAUAGAGUCUCAUACAGACAAACAUGCAUUUACCUAAAUCUGCUGUUGAAGUAAAGUGACACAGGUGUGUACACACACGCACA